AUGGCUGACGAGGAAUCGGAGGCUGAGACAAUUCCGGGGGCUUUCGACGAAUCCGUGCCCGUCUCGUCGACUCAACUGGCGAGGCGCUCCUUGUGGAAAAAGGCAGAAAGCGGCGGACCUGGCACUGGCAAUGGGGGACGGGGCCAUGGCAGCCGAAGGUACCAACGCCUCCAGCCUCACAUGAAGACAAUGAAUGCACAGACCAUAGAUGUGCCUGCCGAGUGCAGAAGGUCGCACUCGACGGGACUGGCACAACAAAUUCGGUACAUUCCAGUCGAUGAUCCCAGGGAAUCUCUUUCAUACAUGAUGUGCAGCUUCUGCACGACGGACCGCAUUUUCGAGCAGGUACCCGCCCUCCUGCAACACAUGCAGAGUGGCGAGUGCCCUCUCGGACAAAAGGAGCUGAUGCAGCCGACUUGCUUUGGGGAGCCAGCACCGUCUGGACCAGUUCCUUGGGCAGCAGACUCCCGAGAAGCAUCUCAGAGGGACAUGGAAGGGCAAUCAGCACAGUCCGGGCCAAGGCGAAACGAGACACCAAGUGAGGGCUUCGCUUUGCGCCGAAAGAUGCUGUCAGAGAUGCGCCUCCUGCAGCCUUUUCGCUAUGCUGAGCUAGCGACCGAACCCGUUGGCCUGCUGAAUCGAUCGGUGCAGGAGCUCUCUAUUCUAGUCCAGGCUGCGCGGAACAGGCCAGAAGGAUCCGGGGAACCCGAGGCCAACAUGCGAUCAAAGGGCCGGGCUCUGGGAAGUCGGCGAAUGGCCAAGGGCCCACAGAGGAGCUUCGUCGAAGCUUUGGCUUCCAGGCUGCGCAGUCAGGGCACAUCCAUGAAAUGCCCAUUCACCUUUGCGCAGUAUCGUGCUUUCUGUGACGUCGGCUCGCAACUGGCCGCGGAGGCUGGGACCGCACAGGACACCAAAGGCAUGCAAAGCUGUUGA